GUAAAUGGAAAAUCUCUUAAGAAAACUAAUUUAAAAUUUGGUUAGAAGGGAUUCCUUCAUGUUGGCAUUCAGAUCAACUUUAGCCAACGAUUCAGAGUCAAACCUGAGUCUAACCUUGGUUUCUGACAGUCCUGUGACAUCUAGGGACACAGUCUCUCAUUGCUCUUCAUCGCCAUUACAACUCUCUGGUGAAGAGCCAAAACUAUUGCUGAAUUCACUCUCCGAUAGCCAUCUGCCUCUCUUAUCAUUAUUCUUAGCACAGAUCUCAUCAGUAAGCUCGUUCAAGGCCUGGUUAACUUCUUCAUUGUCAAAAUUGUAUUUGUUCAUAUUUACAAAAUAAUAUUAAUUAUA